CCCCGCGGUUUCUUUUAAAAAUGCGAUCGUCCGCGAUGUUGGUUCAAUAAUGCUUGAUAUUGUGAAGAUAUGCAUGGUUUGACGUCUUAUUCUUCAUAAAUACCAGAUCAGCAGAUCUCUGUGAACAGAACAGUGUGUGUGGAGUACGUGGACUUGCUUCAGAAAACUUUGAAUGGGAUCAUCUUUAGUGCGUUGGCAUGCGUUACCGAAACCCAGCAGGUCGACCAGCCGAUAGUAAUGGUUAAAGAAGAAGACAUACAAGAGGAGGAAUAUGGAUAUAUGAUUUCUCAAGUUGAAGAUGAAAAGCCCUUUGCAGAGCUUCACUGUAGAACUGAAACCGAUGCCGCAGGGUCCAGCGUUACUGACAAUGAAACAAAACAGAUAAAAGCAGAGAUCGAAGUGAAGAUUGAAGAUGAUGAACAAGAACACGAUUAUCUGGUGCAGAGUGUAUCGGAACAACCACCUGUAACGCAACAGAAGAUCCAUGGACAGAAUGAUGAACUCAACCUGCAACUCAAAGGAAGGCUGCACCACUGCACUGUCUGCAGGAAGAGUUUCACAACCCUGAGAAAACUCAAGAAACACCAGAAAACACACUUUCAUGAAUGUAUCCAGUGUGGAAAAGCCUUCACAAGAAUGUCAAGUCUUAAAACCCAUAUGCUAAUUCACACUGGAAAGAAGCCUCAUAAAUGUAUCCAGUGUGGAAAAGCAUUUUCACAGGUUUCUCAUCUUAAACCCCAUAUGCGAAUACACACUGGAGAAAAGCCUCAUAAAUGUAUUCAGUGUGGAAAAACUUUUUCACAAAUAUCAUCUCUUAAAACCCAUAUGCUAAUACACACUGGAGAGAAGCAUCAUAAAUGUGUCCAGUGUGGAAAAACUUUUUUACAAAUUUCACAUCUUAAAACCCAUAUGUUAACACACACUGGAGAGAAGCCUCAUAAAUGUAUUCAGUGUGGAAAUACUUUUUCACAAAUAUCAUCUCUUAAAACCCAUAUGCUAAUACACACUGGAGAGAAGCCUCAUAAAUGUAUCCAGUGUGGAAAAGCCUUCACAAGAAUGUCAAGUCUUAAAACUCAUAUGGUAAUACACACUAGAGAGAAACCUCACAAAUGUGACCAGUGUGGAAGAGCUUUUUCAGUAGUUUCACAUCUUAAAACCCAUUAUUUAACUCACACGGGAGAGAAACCCCACAAGUGUGACCAGUGUGGGAAAGCUUUUACACGGGUUGGUAAUCUUAAAACCCAUAUGCUAAAACACACUGAAGAGAAGCCUUAUAAAUGUAUUGAGAGUGGCAAGGCUUUUUCAAAAAUAUCAAAUCUUCGUUUUCAAAUUCAUACGCACACUGGAUAGAAGCCGCACAUGUGUAUCCAGUGUGGAAAAGCUUUUAUGUUAAAACGGAGCGUUAGAGAAAACAGAGUUGUGGCGUAAUUAUGUCAUUUUAUGUUAAAAGAGAGAAAACAGAGUCCCUAGAAUUGGAGAUACAUAUUGAGAUACAUUUUGACGCAAUCAUGUAUCAAAAUAGCAGUGCCCUGACGACUCCCAUUCAAAAGGCCAUUUGACCUGAAAACAACAAUACGGACAAGCUUAAAAGUGACGAUUCCAACGCAAUUAUGUUUUUAAACGAAGUUUGAUUUGGCUACAUCGACAAAAAGACCCUAGAUUGCAAUUUGGUGAGAGUUACGAUUUAAAACUGGGGUGUUAGAGAAAACAGGUGGUGACACUCCCAUUAAGAGACGGUGGAAGAUGCAGCGCUUUUCCAUGCCAUUUUAUUGGAGUUUCGGAAAUGAAAACAGACAAUCACUUGGUCAGCAGUCAGUGAGUUACGCCCAUAUAUCCUCCACCAUCCGGAAAUAUCACUUGGGAUGUAUUUCCGGCUGCUAGAGGAUCCCUCCUCCUGCGAUACAGCCAUCCAGCACAGGAUUUUUGGAGCUUAGAUUGUGUGGCAGCAACAUCAAAAGUGUGUCACAACUUCCUCUUUAUGGCUCUGGUCAAACCCCAUAGACUAAUGCUGCAUUCCUUGGCUCUGGUCAAACCCCGUAGACUAAUGCUGCAUUCCAUGGCUCUGGUCAAACCCCAUAGGCCAAUACUGCAUUCCAUUUGUCUGCCUGAGUUGGUUACUGUUUUCAAGCCA